AUGGGUAGUGACACAAAGACCCAGCAGUCUCAUGGCAGUGCUUUUCGGGAGCAUCUUCCCGACUUGAGCACCCCGAGAUUCACCGCCAUGCAGAAGCAAAAUGCUCACGAGUAUGCCCAGGUAUUCAAGGCCAGUGGCCAGCCACCUUGGCUUCAUGGCCUCUUCCUGCACUGGAGGAAGCUCUUCGAGGAGCCUUGUAAAGGCAUCACCAACGAUGGCAAGGUCCGCGAUGGUCUUUACCAACUCCAAGACGAAGGAGUUCCGAUAGAGGCUAUUACCUCAGCGGCAAAUGCUGUGCUCGAUGGGCUAUCUGAGAGCCAGAGGAAUGCGACUUGCUAUCACAUCGACUCCCCAGAAUGGCGAUCCUGGUCGAAUCCAGAAUUUCUUCUCAGCGAUAAAGGCAUCCGCCUUGACGAGAUCACCGCCGAGCUGAGAGAGGAUGUGCUCAAAGUGCUCAAAGCAACACUCUCAUCUGAAGGGUAUGACAAGGCAGUAGGCGCGAUGAGAGUUAAUCACUUUCUGGGAGAACUCAUUGAGUCGCCAGCCAUCAUGAAUGAGUAUUCAUACAACUUUGUUCUUUUCGGUCAGCCAUCGGUAAUCCGACCAUGGGGCUUCUCCUUCUAUGGCCAUCACCUCUGUUUGAACGUUUUCCUCCACCAGACUCAAGUCACCAUCUCUCCUUGGUUCACCGGAGCAGAGCCCAACCUCAUCGAUCAGGGACCCUACAAAGGGAUCCGGAUCUUGGACAAGGAAGAAUCACUUGGUUUACGGCUGAUGCAGGACCUGCCAAAGGACAAACAGGCCAGAGCACAGGUGUAUAAGCUUAUGAAAGACCCUGCCAUGCCCCAUGGUCGAUGGAACCAUGAUGACCAACGACAUCUAUGCGGAGCGUACCGCGAUAAUCGAGUGGUUCCCUACGAGGGAAUAUUGGUGUCUGAGAUGACAGACACACAACAAGACAUGGUUCUAGCUAUUGCGGAUGAGUUCCUUCUUUAUCUACCAGAGCGAGCCCGUCAGAUCCGGCUAGAUCAAGUCAAGAGCUUUUUCUAUGAGACUUAUUGGUGUUGGAUCGGGGGAUUUAGUGAUGAGGAUCCGUUCUACUAUCGCAUUCAGAGCCCAGUCAUCAUUAUCGAGUUUGAUCACCAUUCCGGCGUCUUCUUGGCCAACUCGAAGCCAGCUAAAUUUCAUAUCCAUACACUGCUGCGAAUGCCGAAUGGGGGAGACUAUGGGAUGGCGCUGAGGCCUUUGAUAAAGGGGCAAGAGCAGGGAUUCAUUUGGGAGGGAUGA